CCUGCCGGGACGGUGGGCGUUUCCGGUGUCGGCCGUGGCGGGACUGUUUUGAAACUGAGCUCCUGGGUGGAAAUAUGUCUCAGGAACGGGAGGCCCCGUCCGGCACGGUGCCUCUGGAAGAAUUAAGUGGCUGGCCGGAGGAGCUCUGCCGCCGGGAACUGCCGUCUGUCCUGCCCCGCCUUCUUUCUAUGAAUCAACAUUCUGAUAAUUGGAUUGAGCAUAUUCAAAUUCUGAAAAUUAUUGUAGAAAUGUUUUUACCUCAUAUGAAUCAACUGACAUUGGAACCGACUUUCUUUUCACAAGUGCUGCCAAAGACUGUGAAAUUAUUUGAUGACAUGAUGGACGAGUUAACUAGUCAAGCCAAAGGACUAUCAAGCCAAAAUUUAGAAAUUCAAACCACUCUAAGGAAUAUUUUACAAACCAUGGUACAGGUUUUAGGAGCUCUUACAGGAUGUGUUCAGCAUGUUUGUGCCACACAGCAAUCUGUUGUUCUAGAAAAUAUCCAUAGUCUCCCCUCCUCAGUCCUACACGUAAUCAAAAGUACAUUUGUACAUUGUAAGAAUAGUGAAUCUGUGUAUUCUGGGCGUUUACACCUAGUUGCAGACCUCCUUCAGGCUCUUUUCAAGGAGGCCUAUUCUCUUCAAAAGCAGUUAAUGGAAUUGCUGGACAUGGUUUGCUUAAACCCUUUAGUAGAUGAAAAGGAAGAUAUUUUAAAGAUGGUAAUAGUUAUUCAUUCAUUAUUGGAUAUCUGCUCUGUUAUUUCUAGUAUGGACCAUGCAUUUCAUGCCAAUACUUGGAAAUUUAUAAUUAAACAGAGCCUUAAACACCAGUCGGUUAUAAAGAAUCAGCUGAAACACAAAGAUAUAAUUACUAGCUUGUGUCAAGACAUUCUUUUCUCCUUCCAUUCUUGUUUGCAGUUAGCUGAGCAGAUGACACUGUCAGAUGUACAGGAUAAUGCUGACUACAGAUUAUUUCAGAAAACACUCAAAUUAUGCCGUUUCUUUGUUAACUCCCUUUUGCAUUAUACCAAGGAGUUUCUUCCCUUUCUUGCCGAUUCUUGCUGUAUAUUGCAUCAGCUUUAUCUUCAGAUACACAGCAAGUUUCCUCCCAGCCUGUAUGCUGCCAGCAUCUCCAAAACACAGCAGAAAGAAAUAGCAUGCACUUUCCUGGUGACUCUGGACCCACUUAUUAGUCAGCUUCUCACAUUCCAACCUUUCAUGCAAGUGGUUUUGGACAGUAAAUUAGAGCUGUCAUGUGAACUACAGUUUCCACAGUGUCUGCUGCUGGUUGUCAUUAUGGAUAAGCUGCCCUCUCAACCUGAGGAUGUGCAGACCCUGUGGUGUGCAGAAAACCAAGUCUCAGAGGUGACAAACAGGGUGUCUCUACUCAAAACCAUUUUCUACAGUUUCGAGCAGUGUUCUGGUGAACUCUCUCUGCCUGUUCAUUUACAGGGAGUCGAGAGUAAAGGGCAUACUGAGGUUGCUGUCACCUUGUACCAGCAUGUCUGUGUUCAUCUAUGUACAUUCAUUACUUCCUUCCAUCCCUCACUAUUUCCUGAACUGGAGGCUGCCCUAUUGAAUGCUGUGCUGGAUGCUAAUAUGAUCACCUCUUUGUUAGCUAUGGAUGCUUGGUGCUUCCUUGCUCGAUAUGGGAAUGCUGAACUCUGUGCACACCAUGUCACCAUAGUGGCUCAUCUGAUAAAGUCUUGCCCUGGAGAAUGUUAUCAGCUUACCAACCUGUCCAUACUAUUGAGGCGUCUCUUCUUCUUCAUGACCCCACCCCAACAGAUGGAGUUUAUCCAGAAAUUUUCCCCAAAAGCAGCAGAAAAUUUGCUUCUGUGGCAAUAUAUUUCCUUCCAGGCAUUACCUGCUGAGCUCAGGAAACAGGCUGCAUGUGAGGUCUCCAGAGCAGGCACCGCCCAGUGCAGGGGGUGGCUGAGUGGCCGCCACACUAUGGGAGAAUUCGUGUCUCUGAACACAGCACUCUCUGCUCUGCUCGCUGUGUGUAAUUCUGCUAGUGAAGCUCUGGAUAUUGGACAACAGACUGCAAUUAUGGAAGUUGGGAGUCAGCUUUGGGCCUUUUUGAACAUUAAACUGGUAACAAGUCAGCCUUGUGUUCAGCAGACACUCAGCCUUUUACUUCCACUGUUGGGAUUUUUCAUUCAAACGCUAGAUCCUCAGUUGAUAUAUCAGGUAAUAAUUUUGCAAACCUCACUUCUUAAGUUGGAGCCUCCUGACCAUGUUCGUUUGGCAAUGCUGGAUUUCCUAUCUUCUCUAGGAAAACUUACUAUAUCUCAGGCUACCCAGGACAAAAUUCUGCCCAACCUGUCUUCUAUUUUUGCCUUAUUACUAGCUGACAGCAACUGGCUGCUAGAACAACAUGCCUUGGAGGCGUUUACCCAGUUUGCCGAGGGAACAAAUCUUGAAGAGAUAGUUCCUCAGUGUCUCAGUUCUGAAGAAACUAAGAACAAAGUUGUAUCCUUUCUGGAGAAGACUGGAUUUGUAGAUGAAACUGCAGCUGCUAAAGUGGAACGUGUGAAACAGGAAAAGGGUGUUUUCUGGGUGCCCCUGGCUAAAGUUACUGAAAAAGCAGUAAAAUGGUCAUCUUUACAGCCUCAUGCAAAGAGAGCCCGUCACGAGUUCCCCCUGGAAGAAGAAUACAGGUCAGCAUUGCAAGCAGCAACAGGGGCCUUGGAGGCUACUGAGUUAUUAAUCCACAAAUCUCCUGCUCCAGACUGGCUCCUGAUGGAAUUGGAGGCACUCCAAGAAAGGACUGAGAAGAUAAAAUGUCUUGUGCUCCAGGGUGAAACGUGAAUGGACCCGAUCACUAGAAUUGGGUAUGAUUUUUGUUGCCCUGCAGUAUUUUUUGUAAUGGAUGUAAUUAUGUCUGUGUAUCUUCACAUAAAACAGCUUUUAUAAAGUUGAAUCUAGUUAAAAUAGGCUUUAUUGGACAUUCAGAGAACAGGAUUGUGGGGGAUAUUUCUCAUUAAGAACUUUGGUACAACAUAACAUGUGGAACAGUCAGUAAUCGCCCAGGUCCCAGCAGGGCCAUUUACUCCAGAUAGUACAACUGUAAACAAAUAAAUAAGCUGCCCAAGGAAACCUUAGCAAUUUUGUCAUUUAUAUACUUUAUAGCUAAAAUUUUUUCAGUAAGUUGUAUUUCACAAUAGACCUUACUCUUCUGACUGUUAAAGAAAUGGCACAAAGUUAAGCUAAUCAGCUUGAAUUUUUGUAUUUAUUUUCUCUACUUCUGGAAUUGUCCUGGAAAAAAAGCAGUAAAUCCAACCUUCCUGCAGCCACGUGGUCUUCGCAGACCCAGCCUCAGUCAAAGGCAGGCUCCACCAGGUCCCGCCCAGGGCCGGUGCCCGAGGGCUCGCGCUGCAAUUGGCACAGACUGGAAAAGAAGCUCCUGGCAUGGGAAAAACAGGAUGCCUUGGGGUUUUCUUGUCUGUAGAGCCUGCUUUUGAGGUAUUAGUUUGAUAUUUUUUUUUAAAAGGAAUCCUUUUUCCUAAGAUUUCAUUCACACCCGUUGUCACCAGGUGCUGUCUUCCCAGCUGAGCUCCCCUUCUUCUCCCCAGCCUCCAGCCUCGCCCUGCAACAAGACAAAGGGCGAGCUCAACAAAUCGUCACAGCCAGGAAUUUUUUAAAAGGGAACAAACACUUUCUUUUUUGAUGCCAGAGUACAUAUCUUGGUGCUAAUAAGUAAAAUAACUGGAAGCUGAAGAAUAAGAUUACUGUGGUUCCAGUAUUAUGAAACUAUAGUAACAAACUCACUUUACAAGAACUGCAUAAUCCAGUAAUUAUUUCAUUCUAUUGGCACCAUAUUCUUGGUUUAAAUAAAAAAGUUCUUUAAUGUAACAAGUGAUCUUUUACACACUUAACUUUCCUUCCCCAGAAAAAUGUAGUGAUGCUUGGGACUGUUUUAUAGGAACUGAACUUGUUUUGUGCUUGACUGGAUCAUUUUAACCCAUUGAGUACAUUAAUUAGUCUUUUCCUGGCUGGGAAAACAGCAUGCUGUGUGUUCUAACUAGUACCUGGGGGAAAUCCAUAUGCUAACAGCACAAUUUAAUAAUCCUCACCUCAGUCAUUUCUGCUGCAGCAAAUUUUGAAGAGAACUGCAUCAUUGGUGAGAUGUCAUCCUUGUUGGGAACCAUCAUUUCUGUCCUCAGUUCAGGUAAAAUAAUAAUAGCAGCUGAAGGCUUAAUUUCUGGGAUCAUGUCAGCAAACCAGUCCAACUCAGGGUCUUGUACUGGCUUCUUUCUUACUUGAAUGGUAAACUCCUCUCCUAAACCAAGUUCUGACGGCGCUUUAAGGUGCCUUUCUUGUGACAACACUUUUGUAGGCUUGGUUUGGUCUGGGUUAUCCCCGCUUUGUGCAAGAUUAGUCUUUUGGGGUGGGCUUGAUUUCAAAGCCUGGGACUCUUGGGUGAGUGGAAGCAGAGCAGGAACAGCCGUUUGCUCCCCUGAGGUAACAGGUCUUGCAGCAGUGAUUCCAUCUCCUGGGUUUAUUUUACCAUCUAAACCGCUGGACUCAAAGUCGUCCCAAGUCUCCUCCUCUGCAGUCUGGUGAGAGAGUGGGGGGUUGGCAGUAUCGUGGGGUUCUGUCGGCCAAACCUUUAAGCUGACAGUUUUGUUUUCAGGCUCUUCAGGCUCACUCCAGUCAGGCCAUUCCUCAGACCUUUUAGAGCUUAAUGGGAAGUGUUUGCUAUCUCCUGAGGUAUUUUUCACAUCUGAGAUUCC